UGGUCACUUGCCACUCAAAUUCUCAAGGCACACGGUUAUCAAGAGACCAUGCUGCCUAACAAAUUAUGAAGACCAUGCCAUCCUUUUCUGUCCCCUCCCCUCCCCUCUUUGCAUUGUGCACUUGUUAACAAAGCGAGAGAGCUAGAGAGAUGAGGAGGCUUCUGCUGCUCCCCUGCGUCUUGCUACUCGUCGCCGGGUUGGCGGAGGCCAAGCCCAGGGCUCCCGCGGUCAGCCCGGGCGUCGCGGCCGACUUCGUGCGCCGCUCCUGCCGCUCCACGAGCUACCCGCGCGUCUGCGAGAGCACCCUGCUCCCCUGCGCGCCCGCCGUGGGCCGGAGCCCGCGGCGCCUGGCGCGGGCCGCGCUCGUGGUGUGCGCCGACCGCGCGCGCAACUGCUCCGCCUACAUGCGCGGCGGCGGGAACGGCGCUGCCGCUUCCGUGGGCGGGGCGAUGAAGGAUUGCGCGGAGCUGGCGCGCGACGCGGAGGAGCAGCUGCGUCAGUCGGUGGCGGAGAUGGACCGGAUGGGCCGCGCGGGGAGCCCGCGGUUCGCGUGGAGCCUGAGCAACGUCCAGACCUGGGCCAGCGCCGCGCUCACCGACACCUCCACCUGCCUCGACUCACUCCGCCACACCCAUGACGCCAAGGACAAGGACGCCGUGAGGAGGAGGCUGGUGGCCGUGGCGCAGGCCACCAGCAACGCGCUCGCUCUCGUCAACAAGCUCGUCGAUCCAGCGCCGCACCGCCUGUAGCCAAGAAGCCAUCUCCACCACCAUCUCCUCAUCUCCAUCUCCAUGUAUGGAUUGGUAAUUAGUAGCAAUAAUAACUAGUGCUUGUAAUUUGGAAUGCUCGUCUUGGUUCUCCAAUCCGGCCAAUUCGGGACUCUUCUGCUGGGUAAUUAAAAUAAAAGAAAAAAGGUUUUACCAUCCUUAUGGAAUGGAAGAGAGGACAUGCUUGGAGCAUCAUCCUGUUCCUGUGACAAA